AUGUUGGCACGACUUUUGGUAAUUGCCAGCACAGUUCAUGUUGCGUCCGUGAUAUUGAAACGACUGUUGAAACAAAGAGCAUCCCGACGAUUUGUGAAGAAAAGAUCAGUCAAAAGUUAUUGGACAACGGGAGGUGAAGAUAGGAUCAGUAUGUUGCCGGACGAUUUGCUCGUGCGGAUAUUGACGUUUGUCCCACUAAAACGUGCUGUGACUACCAUGGUUUUGUCCCAACGGUGGCGGUUUAUAUGGACGUUGCUGCCGCAACUCAGCUACAAAGAUAUCAAAGAUGUUCCUCUUCCUCAUAGAAGUUUCCUCCGCGGUUUACUUGAUCGUUUAUUUGGCAAAAGUGUUCAGCAACGUCGACGGUCUAUUUGGCGGUUUCUUGACGAAUCCUUACAAGUCCACAAGGCACAUGUAUUAGAAAAAUUAUUUAUAGAACUUGGUCCACGAUGUCCAAUAGAUGCUGACGUGGGAAAGUGGAUUGAGAAUGCGGUUGAGCGUAAGGUGCGCGUGCUAGUGUUCAUGCUCACGUGGUCCGGAGAUCCUACCAGCUUGCCCAAGAGCCUAUACACAUGUGAUACGCUUUACUACCUAACUCUUUCCGACAAGAUUCUAGUUGAUGUUCCUUCUCCGGUGUGCCUCCCAUCCCUUCAAAAUCUUAGACUUUACUCUGUGGUGUAUAAAGAUGAAGAUUCUCAUGUUAGGUUUUUAUCGAGUUGUCCUGUUCUAAGAAUUUUGGUCGUGGAACGACAUCACCAAGACAAUGUGACACAUUUUAGGAUAAAAGUGCCAUCAUUGGAAUGCUUAUAUUAUGAUUACUCCGAAAUAGAAGUAAGCAAUGGCUCUUUGGUUAUAGAUUCCCCAACAUUAAAGAGAGUCUUAAUCAGAGUCUAUUCAGGAGACUCUUGCUUGAUUGAAAACAAGCAUUGCUUUGAUAAAGCGAUAAUCCAUGUUUUAUGUUACCCAGAUGUCAAGUUUAUCAAAUCUCUUUCCUCGGUCAUGUCUCUCGAAUUGAUUUUGGGCGUUCCAACGGCUGCAUUUUGUAACGCCGCGAACUUCUCUCGACUUAUAGAUUGUAGGAUAAUUAUUCUAUAUGAGUUAGACUGGUUGGAACCACUAGUGCUGUUGCUUCAAAAUUCUCCUAAUCUCAAAGUUCUCUUCAUUCACCAGUUAAUGUAUGAUUAUUUGGAGGAUUUGCCGCUUUCAUGGAACCAACCGAGUUCUGUUCCCGGAUGUUUGUCAACACAUCUGGAGAUAUUUGAGUGGAAAGAUUAUGGAGGAAGAAGCGAAGAGCAACAAGUCGCAAGAUACAUCUUUGCCAACUCAAAGUGUUUAAAGAGAGCUGGAAUCACCAUGAAAUCAACCUGCAAUAUGAAAGAUAAAAAGAAGAUGAUGAAAGAGAUAGAAUCUAUGUCUAGGGUUUCGACAUCAUCCCAACUACUCUUCUCUACUCAAUUGAAAUCUCUAAACUUGAAAUAA